AUGGCCAACGCCAAGGGCUCGUCGGCCGGCGCCGCCGGCGCAGGCCAUGGCGACCUCGGCAGGGCUAUCUCGCAUGAGCAGUACCAGGCGUUCGUGGCGUCCGUGCACAGGACCGCGCCGGGCGCCGCGAACGUGCACCAGUACCCCGCCGGCCUGAUCCCGGAGCCGCCGAUGGCAAUGCCGGUUCACGUACCCGUGCCACGGCCCUCGUACUCCCCCCAGAUCGCCGCGCCGCCGCCGCAGCCGUUCGCGCGACCACCAGAGCCGCACCGCGCGCAGUCCCAGCCGCCCACCGGACGCUACCAGGAUUAUUCUCCAUAUGGCAACACGGCAUCAUCACAGUAUACAAGAGGUUUUGCAGACUGGGGAACGCACAACAAUGCACUCAUGUCUUUGGCUCAUGCCACUACUUUCGGCAGUGGCAGCAGCAGUAUCAACAGCAAUGGAUUCCAUCAAAACUUUUCCUCGUACAAUACACAUACAUGGACUACUACUUACAUGCCACGGAACCCUUACAACACUGCUUAUGGUCCUGCAACGAUGAAUAUGAUGCUUCAAACUCCUUCCUUUCACAACAACCAUGAAAAGGAUUCAGGUGCAGGUUUUGCAGCUAGCAGCUUUACAAUGCCUGCAACAGUGGUACCUACGUCCCCUUUUCAACUGAUGUCCCCAAAAUCAACCAACUAUACCUCCACUCAAAUCUUCGAGGAACCCAAUAAUUUAGAGGAUACUUCAACGGUCUAUGGAAGUGGAGAUAUCGAGAGCGACCACAGUGAGGAACCGGAUCCCACCCCGGUUGCAGAGAUGGAAGACCUAAAGCAGGGCAAUGGACAUAUUAUUAAUGCGAUGAGUAAAACGAUCAACUGUCAAGACUACCGUAUCAUCUUGCGCAAGGACUUGACAAACAGUGAUGUUGGAAACAUUGGAAGAAUUGUGCUGCCAAAGAAGGAUGCAGAGCCUAACCUUCCAAUCUUGGAAGAUAAGGAUGGCUUGAUACUGGAAAUGGACGAUUUUGAACUCCCAGCUGUAUGGAAGUUUAAGUAUAGGUACUGGCCUAAUAAUAAGAGCAGAAUGUAUAUCUUGGAAACUACUGGUGAAUUUGUUAAGAGGCAUAGCCUUCAAGCUAAGGACAUCCUUGUCAUUUACAAGAACAAGAAGUCCGGCAGAUAUGUUGCUCGUGCAGUGAAGGCUGAGGACAUACAAGUGCCACAAUGUGAGUGCAUUAAGGCUGGCAACCUCAGCGAAGAGUGCGGGUUCGCUGUGAGUCCUUCGGGCAAGAAGAUUAUUAUCUAG